AUAGACCCGAUUCAGGAAGCGAUUGAAGAAAUCAAAUCGCGCGAACUAGGCGCAUCUUUCAGCUAUCGCCAAGUUGCAAAAAGGUUUGGCAUUAGCUAUCGUACGCUCGCUCGAAGACACCAAGGCAAAACUCAGCCUCGCGCGCUCGCCCACCUCUCUAUCCACCUACAACGCGAAAAGGAGCUUGUACAGUACAUCGAAUCCCUCACUGAGAGGCGUACACCACCUUCGCGUCUAAUAAUACGCCAUCUUGCGUCAUCCUUGCUUGGUAGAGACGUUUCAGAACGCUGGGUUUCUAGGUUCCUCUGCAGGAACUCCUCUCAUCUCAUCUCUCGCUGGCAGAGUCCUAUGGACUAG